CAGCACUUGACGUCAGUCAUCAAUUUCAUCGCAGUCUCUCCACUUCAGACUCUCCCAUACUCUAGUCUUACUUUCCUUUCCUGUUCACAUACGGUAAUCAUGGCAGCGCUAUCCACCUCAUCCAAGACCGUCAACGACUUCCACGAAUGGAAAGCAUUUGGUACGGGCGGGACUCCGCCAACCUGGGCAGGAUACAUGCGCAUGUCGAAACUGCGGGCUCGACGCGCCCUCACCAAGAACAACCGCCACCACAACCUCCGCGACCCCGCCCCGCUCCAGAAGACGGGGCCCUCCUACCUGCCCACGGGCACGCUCCCGCUCCGCUCGGGCCCGCGACCACGCAUGAUGCCGCGGACCCUCCCGCAGCGCCAGUACCCGGAGCCCAUCGACCCGUCCGUGCAGGCGCGGCUGCGCGCCCUCGUCCGCGACCUGGCCACCGCCCACCCGGAGCUCUUCGACCUGAUGCCCUCGCACACCGAGGGCCGCACCACCGACGGCCUGUACGCCCGCCGCAACCUGCCCACCUUGAACCCGCUGGCGGGCGACCGCAUCCUCAGCUACGAGAUCGCGCACAUGCACCCGGCCGAGAACAGCCUGCAUGUCUGGCUGAGUGACGUCGAUGCCCGCGAGGUCAUCGAGAAGGGCUGGGGCCAGCGGUUCCCCCUGCCGGCCGUGCCGCAGGGUUGGGUCAUGGUGUAUGCGCCCCGGGAUGAGGGGGAGAUGGAUAUUGUGGAGGGCGUGGUGAGGGCCGCGGCGCGGUGGGUCACCGGUGUUAUGGUCUAAGAUAACAGCCCCUGGUUGGGCUUUGUGGGUUUUGAUGAUGGUG